CGCCGCCAGAUGGUUUUGCCAGCCUUUAUCAUUAAACGGCACGAAGAAGCGAGAGCGAAGCGGUCGCGAACAUGGCGGAUAACAGAGAGAAGGGUUUACAAGAUUACAGAAAGAAAUUACUGGAGCAUAAAGAGAUUGACGGACGCCUCAAAGAGCUGAGAGAGCAGCUGAAGGAGCUCACCAAACAGUAUGAGAAGUCCGAGAACGACCUGAAGGCUUUACAGAGUGUGGGACAGAUUGUCGGCGAGGUACUGAAACAACUGACAGAGGAGAAAUUUAUCGUCAAAGCAACUAACGGCCCUCGUUAUGUGGUUGGAUGUCGCAGACAGCUGGAUAAAACCAAGCUUAAACCAGGCACCAGAGUGGCCCUGGACAUGACGACUCUCACUAUCAUGAGGUAAGGAGCCAUCAAGCACUAUUUGCCUCGCGAGGUGGAUCCUCUGGUGUACAACAUGUCUCACGAAGAUCCCGGCAGCGUUUCUUACUCGGAGAUCGGGGGCUUGUCUGAGCAGAUCCGGGAGCUGAGAGAGGUAAUUGAGCUGCCUCUGACCAAUCCUGAGCUGUUCCAGAGGGUGGGCAUUAUUCCUCCCAAGGGCUGCCUGCUGUACGGACCGCCAGGCACUGGAAAGACUCUUCUUGCCAGAGCUGUGGCCAGCCAGCUGGACUGCAAUUUCCUGAAGGUGGUGUCCAGCUCCAUUGUUGACAAGUACAUUGGUGAGAGUGCCAGGCUCAUCAGAGAGAUGUUCAACUAUGCCCGAGACCAUCAGCCCUGCAUUAUCUUCAUGGAUGAGAUCGAUGCUAUUGGUGGCCGUCGGUUUUCUGAAGGAACCUCUGCAGAUAGAGAGAUCCAAAGGACACUGAUGGAGCUGUUGAAUCAGAUGGAUGGAUUUGACACUCUGCACAGAGUCAAGAUGAUCAUGGCCACUAACCGGCCGGACACUUUAGACCCCGCCCUGCUGCGUCCGGGCCGACUGGACAGGAAGAUCCACAUUGAGUUGCCCAAUGAACAGGCUCGACUUGACAUCCUGAAGAUCCACUCCGGACCCAUCACCAAGCACGGAGACAUAGAUUAUGAAGCCAUCGUCAAGCUUUCAGAUGGUUUCAAUGGAGCUGAUUUGAGGAACGUGUGCACUGAAGCUGGUAUGUUUGCCAUCCGUGCCGACCACGAGUAUGUGACUCAGGAGGACUUCAUGAAAGCUGUGAGGAAGGUGGCAGACUCUAAGAAGCUAGAGUCCAAACUGGACUACAAGCCUGUAUAAAACCCUUUUUUUUUCUGUGCGCAAAGUAUAAAUGUG